UAUCAAAAUGGUUUUGCCCGUGAUUAAACUGGGAUCACUUUUCGUAAGAACCAUAUCGAAGCCCAUCGCCACCCGCCUCAAACAAGCCGCCGUCUACCACCCUAAGUUCCGCGGCCUCAUCAUCAAUCUCGCUCAGGGCUACCAUCGAUUAACCACCAUAAUGCAAAGACAUACCCUUGGUCGUUCAACGGCACUGGAAAUCCGACCCCUCAACGAGGAAAGGGCCGUCGAAGCUGCUACUGAUCUUCUGCGGGAAUUGUUCGUAUUCUCAGUUGCAGGAUUUGCUAUGUUAUUUGAAGUUCAAAGAAAUACGAGAUCAGAGGCCAAGAAAGAGGAACUCAGAAAGCAACAAAUAGAGGUAAUGAAGCUAAGGAACAAAGCCCUCGAAGAAGAGAUGAAGCAUUUGGCGCAACGAAUGGAACAGCUCGAGAUGGCUGCAAAGCAGAGAAACGCGUAUAGAUUUUGGACGUGGAGAGCAUAUGAAAAUCCGAAUCUGGGGAUCAUCAAGGGCAAAAUUGGCUCAUGAAACCCUGCUGUAUCGGAAUAAAAGCACAAAUAGUAUCUAAAUACUGAUUUGAGUAGCAAAAACUUUUUAGGAGAGAUUUCUUUCAUUUUAUUCUCGCUUGGUACCUUAUUUAGCGCGAAUGCAGCGCUUGCUUCGCCACUCCAUGAUGACUAUUAUACUCAAAACUGCACUUGAGAAAAACGGGUGGAUGUCAAAACCAA